AUGGGGUACUUCAUCCACUUGCUGGUGGUUACCACGACCGUCGCGCAUGCAAGUAGUUCGCCUUGGACUGUCGAGUGGUCUGAUCAAACAUAUGGCCCGGAUGGCCCAUGGCAUGCCGUGUCAGUUGAGCUGGGCUCAACUAAACAGGCGGUCGAUUUAUAUCCCGGCGCUCGUUGGGCAAGCACAAUCCUCAUCGACACUGUCUGCUCAGAUGAUUCUUCGACCACCUGCUAUGCCGAACGAGGUGGUCUCUUCAAUAUCAGUGCAUCAGACACCGCCGUUACAUUAAACUCGCCAGGCGACAUAAGUGAUAUGACUUGGUUAUCAGAUCAAAGCAGCGCAGGUGUGAACGUAUGGGGUGGUGUCGGACACGUCAAGGAAGGAAUCCUGGCCGACACACUCCGCUUACAAAAUGGACAUGCAGUGCCGAAUGUCUCCAUGGUAUCUGUAUAUGAUGCUUAUCAGACAUACAAGGGAGACAAUGGAACGCAAUAUCCGGUUACGUUGGGGACAUUGUCGCUAGGAGGAACGAAACCGACUCAUGUCGUCCAAGGUAAUACAUUCAAUAUGGUCACCGCCUGGGAAUAUUGGAAUGAGUCUUCGACUCUGAGUAUCCCCUCGUACUCAUGGGGAAUGCAUAUUGGAUCCGUGGAGCCUGAUAUCCCAGGCUCGUUGAUGCUUGGCGGAUAUGAUCAGAGUCGUGUGCUGAACGAGGUCAGCUCUCAACAGGUUGAUCCCACGAAUAACCUUGGCCUUCUGAAAAUUUCCCUCGAGGAUAUUGGGAUAGGAGUUGCGACCGGCGGCUCGCCAUUCCAAUUCCAAAACCAAUCCGGGCUGUUCAGAUGGGGAGACAGCACCACCAGUCGAAGUCAGUCUGUGGAAAUCGAUCCUGUACUCCCAUACCUUUACCUUCCAAAGGAGACAUGUGACGCAGUGGCAUCCAAUCUUCCAGUCACAUACAACGAAGAUUUGAACCUCUAUUUUUGGAACACAGAUGACGACACGUACCAGAAUAUUACUUCUUCGCCGGCAUAUUUGUCAUUUACCUUUGAGAAAAACGCAAGGAACGACCAAAAUAUCUCCAUCAAGGUUCCAUUCCAGCUCUUGAAACUCACUCUUCAAGAGCCUUUAGUUGAGCAAAACACGACCUAUUUCCCAUGCUACCCAUCUGACGCUUAUACCCUCGGAAGAGCGUUUCUCCAAGCAGCUUUCAUUGGUGUCAAUUGGCAUGAGGGGAAUGGAUCCGGGAGAUGGUUUUUAGCCCAAGCGCCUGGCCCAUCGAUUGGAACUGGCAACCAGCAAGCCAUUGAAGUCAAUGACGAUACAGUACAAGCUUCGGAAAACUCAUGGGAAACCAGCUGGGAUGGGUACUGGACACUUUUACCAUCGAAUGAUUCGAGCAAUCAAUCAGAAUCUAGCUCCAGUCUUUCGGUUGGUGCAAAGGCCGGGAUCGGCAUAGGAUGUGCUAUUGGCGUCCUGGGGUUCAUUGGAAUACUUGCUUGGCUGUGCGUCACUCGCCGAAGAAGAGCCACAAAUUCGCAGAAGGCUCUUGUGGAACAGCAUGAUUCUGCGGUGACAUCUUUCAAUGAGACAAAUACAACUUACAUGAAUGAGAUGGAUUCUCGCGAUCUGAAAGAGCUGCAGUCGGGUAGGGAUGUACAGGAGGUACCAGGUUCUAGCAGGAUGCGUCAUGAACUUAUGUGA